CCAGAUUCAAUUAUGGUUCGAUGACAAUUGCUAACUAGUAGUAUUACUACGAGCAGUUUCUAUUCAUAUUUUUGGAGCAGGAAUUGCAUUCACAGCAGUGAGCCUUAUGGAUUGGCCAAGAUGCAGAGCAAGGUCGAGGUCAACAGGGUCGCAAUUAAUCUUUGGACGGCGAGAAUAAUACCCAUCAUUCUGGCCGGCGUUGUUGGAUACGCCACCUACGUUGUUGUAGCUCUUCUAUGCGUCAAUUACCUCCUAAUCAAACAUUUUGACCAUGCCGCGGCAAUCCCCAUUCUUGUCAUAUACUUUGUGCUCUUCCUACUCAUGUCAAUCUGCUUCUUCCGGCUAGUUUACAUUACCGUCUUCGAACCUCCCUAUGUUCCUCUCGGACCUCGAGCACUACAAGAACGAAAGCAAGAGAGGGCUGGAAGCAAGGCCAGCUCGGACAAGAGUGGCAUUGGCGGCGUCGAAUAUAAUGCUGGCGUGCCUGCGGGCAGGGAGACUUCGGGCGUUGUUGCAGGCUCCGACAAUGACCCGGACUCGCCGGGGUUGGAGCUCUUCUAUACGAAGGAUGUGUUUGUUUGCGACAUGGACGGGAAGCCCAAGUGGUGCCCCUAUUGUGCGAAUUGGAAGCCUGACCGUGCGCAUCACAGUAGUGAUUGUGGGCGCUGUAUAAGAAAGAUGGACCACUUCUGCCCUUGGGUUGGAGGGGCUGUCGGGGAGAACAACUUCAAAUUCUUCAUCCAAUUUACUGGCUACACAGCGCUGUACUGCAUUCAUGUCCUAGUCGUUAUGGCGAUCUACGUUGCGAAGCAGAAACAAGCAGAGGAUGAAACUCUUAACCCUCAAUUUGUUGCGGUUCUUGGACUGUCUACUUUCUUUGGCCUGUUUACUUUUGGAAUGACUGUCACUUCUAUCGACUUGGCCAUGGAUAACUAUACACAAGUCGAAAAACUUGGUGCAAAAAGCGCCGUUCACGUCUUGGCUGUUUUGAAACCCCGCCGAAUAGAAUUGGUUCGAGCAAGAAUUGAUGCAGCUGUUCAACCAUAUUACAAAGAGAUAACGUAUCCACUAGAUGUGGGAAUUCCUCCAAAUCCCGACUACUACCAGCCAGCAGAUAUGCCAAGGACCAAGAUCUAUUCUCACACACAGCAUUUAGAACCAAUUGGAAAACCCCCUGGGCCUCUUUCGGAAGACAUUGGCAAUAGGUCUGAAGCACCGACACGAGGACCAGAAAGUACCUCUUUAAAUGAGGACUCCUUAGAAGCAAACGGAGGCCCUCGUCUAGCAGAGCCGACCGCGCCGACAGCAGCUCAACAAAACGCUUGUACAAAAGAACGACCUUCUGAGAGAGAUCUCCAAGCUACACGAACUUUUGCCGUACUGCCAAUGCUGGAGGUUGGCGAAAACCCUUGGGACCUUGGAAGUCGGCUUCUGAAUUUCAAGACUGUCAUGGGAACGGGCUUGCUGGACUGGUUUCUUCCCAUACGAAGAAGUCCGUGUUGCGACCAUGAGGAUGCCGAGAGCCAAUAUGCAAUGGGUCCUGGUGUGAAUCUUUUGAAAUCAUCUGUUGGUUUCACACCAUCUCGAGAAACGGAUAAAUCACGUCGCCGGAAGAGAAGGAAGCGAACGCACCAGAGGAGGACCAGCGAAGGCACUUCUGAUGCAGGUGCGGAAACCAGGGAUCCGGAUGUCAUCUCAAGUCAACCAAAUCGUUCGAUUCCGUUGCAAAAUAUCAACAACCUCUCAACGUCCCCACAGCCAACUUGAAAUAGGCGAAAUCUAGUUGAGAAUCGGGGAUUUUGUGAUAAACGUCGCUGCCCAUGUUGCGAGUCUUGUCUCCAAUCUGUCCCAACAAGAGUUUCGUGACUGUGUUACGCUACCGCUGUUUUCUUGUCCUACGUAGAGCUUGAAGAGAUUGGACAGCGGCCUUAGGGAAGCGAGUCAUGCACCCGCCGGUUGAGAUAUAUUUUAAUGACAUGUCAUAAUGAGCUGGCAUUCCAAAGCUGCUGGUCAUGGGUGCGAAGGGUAGAGUUGGUUGGCGAUUCAUAGAUAAUUGGAGGGCUGCCGGAAAGCUCGAGACGACUUGUACACAAAAGAGUAACAUUGCAUAGACUUAAGCAGCAACGUACACUUUCAGUCGAAUGGCCGACUUCCUUUCGCUGAGCCGUUGUUCCAUGGCCAGCUUUCUAGGACGAAUUAGGGGCUCGACCCAUAGCCAAAAGCAGAAUCUUC